AUGGCCGACAUAGACAUUAACCCACAAUUCGGCGCCGAGCUCAAGGAUGGCUUCAAGCCGGUUAACGCUUGGGUCGCGAAUGGUAUCGGUUGGCUGGAUGAGAUACAGCAGUUCUACCGGGAACGCGCCGCGGUGGAGAAGGAGUACGCCGGCAAGCUGAGUGCGCUGGCUAAGAAGUACUUCGAAAAGAAGGCUCGCAAGUCGAGUACUCUCAGCGUGGGCGAAACCCCCACCGUCACUCCGGGAUCGCUGGAAUGCGCCUCCAUGACCACAUGGCAAGUCCAGCUCAGCACCCUCGAAAGCCGCGCGAGCGAGCACGAGCAGUUCUCCCAGCAACUCGUCACCAACCUGGCCGAGCCCCUUAAGCAGCUUGCCGCCCGCUACGAAGAGUUGCGCAAGUUCCACGGCGAUUACGCAGCCAAGCUCGAGAAAGAGCGGGACUCCACAUAUAAUGACCUGAAGAAGGUGAAGGGCAAAUAUGACAACUCUUGCCAGGAAGUCGAGAACCGCCGCAAGAAGUCCGAUGGCGCGUUCGAUCAUGGAAAAGCAAAGGCACGUGCUGCUUUUGAGCAGCAACAGGCUGAGAUGCGGAACUUAAAGAGUACUUAUAUUAUCAGCAUCAAUGUAACCAAUAAGCAAAAGGAAAGAUACUAUCAUGAAUAUGUCCCUGAACUUCUGGAUAGUUUGCAAGAUCUUUCUGAGACGCGAGUCGCGAAGCUGAACCAGAUUUGGUCGUUGGCUGCCCAGAUCGAGACCGGCACGCUUGCCCGGAGCACAGAGUUUCUGAACCACUUGGCUUCGGAGAUCCCACGCAACAACCCCAAGCUUGACUCCAUGAUGUUUGUCCGGCACAACGCCCAGGAAUGGCAGGACCCACCAGACUUCUUCUUCGAGCCGAGCCCUGUCUGGCAUGACGAUGACACGAUUCCGGCGGACGACGCGACCAAGGUUUUCCUGACGAAUAUUUUGACGAAGAGCAAGGGGUCGCUAGGGGAACUGAAGCGGCAGGUUGACGCAAAGCAAAGAGAGGUUCAGAACGCUAGGAAAGCGCGAGACCUCAUUCGAGAGGGCAAAGAUAAGCGUGACGAAGUGGAGUGUGUGCGCGCCAUCUUCUCGUUGCAGGAGCAAACGCACGAAGUUCAACGACAAAAGACGACUGCUGAGGUUGAGGUUGCGACCAUCACAACAGCAGUAGGAGAUGUCAGCAUUGGAGCACGGAAUCACAACUUCAAAGCCCAAACGUUUAAGAUCCCCACGAACUGCGAUCAUUGUGGCGAUCGCAUCUGGGGCCUGUCCGCCAAGGGUUUCGAUUGCCAGGAUUGUGGCUACACAUGCCACAGCAAGUGCGAGAUGAAAGUUCCCGCAGACUGCCCCGGCGAAAUGAACAAAGAGGAGAAGAAGAGACUCAAAGCAAGAAGGCAGGAGGAUGCGAAGACUUCGACGGCAAGCCUGGGAACUACAGACUCGCAGUCCGACCUGCCUCAGCUCAGCCGGAGCGAUACCGUCAACUCGAUGAACACGCUCAGUUCUGGCUACUCUGCUACAGCGCACAGGUCUAUUUCAGGCACUGCGGAAGUGGCAGAGGAGAAGCAGCCCGAAAGGAAGAGUUCUAUUGCUGCUAUACGGAAGAACCGUGUCAUGGCGCCACCUCCUGCGCAGUACAUCAAACCCGCCGAAGCUGCAGCGCCUUCGAACGGCGAUAGUCAUAAGGCCAAUGAGCCAAAGGGCAAGAUGAUGUAUACUUAUGGAGCACUGGGCGAGGGCGAGAUUUCAGUCGACGAGGGUAAGGACGUUGCCAUUUUGGAACCGGACGACGGAUCCGGGUGGAUCAAGGUCCGGGCCGGCCACGAGGAAGGCUUGGUGCCUGCUAGCUAUGUCGAAGCUCUCCCCGCAUCUCCUGUGCGCCCCAGUUCGACCUACUCCAAUUCCACUGCAUCGAUCGCAGACAGCAUUGCCGCUGUGGCGGCAAAGAAGAAGGGACCGGCAGUGGCGCCGAAGAGAGGUGCAAAGAAACUCAAGUAUGCUGAGGCCUUGUACGACUACGAGGCGCGCAGCGAUGCUGAGCACACGAUUGUGGAGGGUGAGCGGUUCGUCCUCAUCAACAGAGAUGCGGGCGAGGGGUGGGCCGACGUGGAGAAGGGAGGCAUCGUCAAGAGCGUUCCCGCAAAUUAUAUCCAGGAGGUUUAA